AUGUCGGCCAAACAAUACGGAGCCAAACUCCUCGAGGAGGUGGAGGAGCAAAGUCUCGAACAGUUCCUUGCAGAUAUUAGGCAUGCAGCACGUCCUCAGCCCAAAAACGUGCUCGGUGUUCCAGGACUGGACAAAUUGCUCGAGAUCUUUCGCUUCCGUGCUCAACCAGCCGGACGGCAACCGGGAUGGCCAUCACCAACCGCUGUGAGCACCGCUCUUGGAGACCAGGUUGAUGAACUCAAUGAUCACGAGCAUGCCAGUACAAAUAUCGAUGGACAUGAAGAGUUCGCACAAAUUUCCAAACCUCGACUCGCAACCAUCGAACUGACCAGCAGAAAAUCUGCUUCCGGAAAGACGAUGUUGCUCCAUUACCUCUCCGCCCUAUCCAUCCUCCCAAGAGACCUGGGUGGUAAAGAAUCUACAAUCGUAUACAUUGACAAUGAUGGCCGCUUCUCUGCUGCUCGUCUCUUGCAGAUGAUGCAACAUCACAUCCAAACGCGACCAGCGGACAUCCCUGAAACCAGGGUCAAGCAGACGGCCAUGGAAGCCCUGAAUCACGCCCACAUCUUCCGCCCACAAUCUUCCGCCCAGCUUAUCUCCAUCUUGGAUUCUCUUCCCACAUAUCUCUUGGACCGGUCGCAACACUUGUCGAUUCAUCGAUCGCUCAGUCUCAUUAUCAUCGACUCCGCGACCGCGUUCUACUGGCAAGACAGAUUCGAUCAGGACAUGGCAAGACUGGAGUCGCCCGGUGUCUCAGGUGGCCAAUCUAAAGCGUCGGAGAUCAUCGACAGGCUAAAAGCUUUACAGGAGAGAUUUGAGUGUUGCGUCGUGUUCAGCACGACUCCUAUAUCUCCUCCAGCAAAGCGACCCGACGGCUUCCAUCCAACGGCUGCAUCAGGGCCGACGUCCCCUUUCCUUACACCGUGGACGUCGUACGCGACAUUGACACUCACGCUUUCUCGGACGUCAGUUCCUCAGUUUCCGCCGCAGAUGUCGCUUGAAGAGUGCCUUCGAGAUGCCGACAAGAGAUUUAAGGCCGUAAGGAACACGACGUUUGUGGCGGAUGUAGACUGGAGCGCCAACCAAGCAGCGAGAGUGAGAGGAACAACCGGCGAAGAGGGGUUCCGAUUUCGGAUUGGGGAGAUGGGCUUUGAGGCUGUGUAA